AGAGGCGGGCCGGCCCCGAGUAUUUGAGGCGCAGAGCUGCCGCCCCGUCCUGGACAAAACGGCCUCGCCAGGAGCCACACACGGAGCAAGCGAGCCAGUGCCUUGCAGCGGGGAAAAUGGCAGACAGUUUUUCGCUUAAUGAUGCCCUUUCUGGGUCUGGGAACCCAAACCCUCAAGGAUGGCCUGGUCCAUGGGGAAACCAGCCUGCUGCUCCAGGAGGCUACCCUGGGGCUGCCUAUCCUGGGGCAUACCCCGGACAGGCACCUCCUGGCGCCUACCCCGGACAGGCACCUCCUGGGGCCUACCCCGGACAGGCACCUCCUGGGGCCUACCCUGGACAGGCACCUCCUGGCACCUACCCCGGACAGGCACCUCCUGGCGCCUACCCUGGUCCUACAGCACCUGCUUAUCCCGGACCAACUGCACCAGGAACCAGCCCUGGACAACCAAGUGGGCCUGGGGCCUACCCUGGUGCUGGCCCCACUGGUGUCCCUGCUGGACCACUGACGGUGCCUUAUGACCUGCCUUUCCCUGGAGGAGUCAUGCCUCGCAUGCUGGUGACAAUUAUGGGCGUAGUAAAGCCCAAUGCAAACAGACUUGUUUUAGAUUUCAAGAGAGGGAAUGAUGUCGCCUUCCACUUUAAUCCACGUUUCAAUGAAAACAACAAGAGAGUCAUUGUUUGCAAUUCAAAGAUGAAUAAUAACUGGGGACAAGAAGAAAGACAGAUGGUUUUCCCAUUUGAAAGUGGGAAGCCAUUUAAAAUACAAGUGCUGGUUGAAUCUGACCACUUCAAGGUUGCAGUCAAUGAUGCUCACCUGUUGCAGUACAAUCAUCGGAUGAAAAAUCUCAGGGAAAUCAGUGCAUUGGGAAUUUCUGGUGACAUUGAUCUCACCAGUGCUUCCCAUACUAUGAUAUAAUCUCAAAGGGGCAGAUACUCUUUUAAAAAAUAAAACAAUGUAAACCUUACCCAUUUAAAAGUUUCAUGUUCACUAGAAGUGAAAAUGUUUACCUUUAUUCAACAACAUCCUUCUUGUAAAUCAUCCAUUUAAUAAAUAUUCUGAGAGUUA